AUGGAUUCUUACUUAAAAGAUCUAUUUACAGAGGAGGCUGUUAGAGUAAAGAGUCCACAGAUCCCGAAUGUCGAUAAGGAUAAGCCAGCAUUCAACGAAGAAACAAAAGCUAUAAUCAAAGCAUUCAAUAUUUGUGAAUAUAUUGCAGAAGCGGAGGAAGCAAAAUCAAAAUACGAGGAAAUUGAUAAGCGCCAUCGGGAGAUUGAGGAUUUGAUUAAGGAUGUGGAUUGGUAUGCGAGUACGGAUGUGGGCGAUGACGCAGCGUGGGCCUCGCUAAAGGGAAAAUGCAUCGAAAUGAAUGAAAAUGAGUACACCUACAAGCUGUGCUUAUUUGACAGGGCCACACAGAAGAGUAGAAGUAACGAUUUCGAAAUCGAAAUUGGAAAAUGGGGCAGCUGGAUUGGUGAACCGGACAAAUUCACCGUGCAAAAGUAUGAGAACGGUGCAGCGUGCUGGAACGGACCGGAACGUUCCACAAAAGUGUACAUUGAAUGUGGCGAAGAAACGGAGCUUGUGGAAGUGUCCGAGCCAAACAAAUGUGAAUACUUGUUCACAGUACGCUCACCAGUUGCAUGUCCGGACCCAGCUUUGCUCACCGAUCAACAUGAAGAACUCUGA